ACUUCUCUAUAAAAGCCAAAUUUUUCCGGAACCAAAUCUCAUGUUCUAUUAUAAUAUAUGUUUUCUAUAACAGCAAUUCUCUAUAACAUCCAAAAAUAUCCGGAACAAACGAGGUCGUUAUAGAAAGAUUUGACUGUAUAUAUAUCUCCUUUUCCAUGAGCCUUUUCAUCAUAAAAACAAGCAAUAUCAAUUAAGUCAUCAAAGGUAUCUAUAUAUUUUGACUUACCAUCCAGAGAAUGACGAUGAUUAGUGCUAAGAAAUUCAUCAAGAUGGCGAGGAGAUGGCAAAAGUUCGCGGUCAAGCAGCGGAAGAGGAUUUCAUUUCUAAGAAAUGACAGCGAUGCAGACAAUUGUAGUGCAUCCUCAUCUACUAUAGUUGAGAAAGGCCAUUUUAUAGUAUACAUAGCUGAUCAAGCUCGCUUCGUCAUUCCAUUAGCUUACCUUGAAAAUGAGGUCAUUAGGCAACUUUUAAACAUGUCUGAAGAAGAGUUCGGGUUCCCAAGUGGCAGCCCUAUUACAUUACCCUGUGAUUCAGACUUCGUGGACUACAUCAUUUCACUAAUCAUGAAAGGCGUAGCUGCUGUAGAUCUUCACAAAGCAUUGCUCCUUUCAAUUACUUCAUAUUGUUGUACUUCAACUUCUAAUUUGCACAAAGAAAGUGGAAACCAGCAACUUCUGGUUCAUUGAGUCAUGAUAUCAUGUUCUGUAAAUAAUAGCUCAAAAUAGAUUGUAUAGUAGUUGAAAAAUAGGCAAGUGAAAGCUUGUAUUAUUACAGAUGGA